GGCCAACCCCAAUCUCUCUCUCUUCUUGUUCAUUUUUAAUAUAUUGGUAACGUUAAAUCUCCAGUUUUAAACGCUAAUCGAAUAUACUCUUGUUUUAAUCUUAUUUAGUGAUAUUUUAGUAUUUUUAAAGUUUCUCUUCAUCUUUUUGCUUGGUCAGCUCAAGAUUUGUAUUUUUUUUCUCACUGUUUUCUGAAGUGAUGAGAGAUAAUGGCUUUUUACAGUAAAGACGUUGAUCCAGUAUUCCACGGAGCAGGGGCAAAACCUGGUUUAGAAAUCUGGUGCAUUGAGAAACUGCGGUUGGUUCCAGUUCCAAAAUCCUCGAUUGGAAAAUUCUACUCUGGAAGUGCAUAUGUCGUUUUAAGCACAAGUGUGCUAAAAAGUGGUCCUACACAGCACGACAUACAUUAUUGGCUUGGAAAUGAUGCAAACGAGGUAGACUCAGCCUUGGCUUCAGACAAAGCGCUGGAAUUAGAUGCAGCGCUGGGGUCAUGUGCCGUUCAGUAUAGAGAAGUUCAAGGCCAAGAAACAGAGAAAUUCUUAUCAUAUUUUAAACCUUGUAUUAUUCCUGUUGAAGGAGUGUUUACAACACAGGAAGGGGCUUUGAAUGGGGACACAUACCAAGUCACCUUGUUAACAUGCAAGGGAGAUCAUGUCGCUCAUGUUAAAGAAGUUCCUUUUUCUCGAUCAUCCUUGAAUCACAAUGACGUAUUCAUUCUUGACACUGCAUCAAAAAUUUUCCUCUUUUGUGGUUGCAACUCUAGCAUCCAAGAAAGGGCUAAAUCUUUGGAGGUUGUUCAGUAUAUCAAGGAGAAUAAGCACUCUGGAAAAUGUGAAGUGGCAACUAUAGAGGAUGGAAAAUUGGUUGGUGAUUCUGAUGUUGGUGAAUUCUGGAGUUUAUUUGGUGGCUAUGCACCGAUUCCCCGGGACUCAGCUUUGGGUGGUCCGCAACAAGUUGAUAGUCCUGUAAUAUUAUUUUGGAUAAGUCUUCAGGGGAAACUAUCUCAAAUCGGAAGUGAUUCACUGGAAAAAGAUAUGCUUGAGAAAAACAAGUGCUAUAUGCUAGACUGUGGCGCUGAAGUUUUUGUCUGGAUGGGAAGAAACACCUUAAUAACGGAACGAAAGACAUCAAUUUCAGCUGCAGAGGAUUUCCUCAGAAAACAAGAGAGGUCAAAUGGGACUCACUUAACAUUUUUAACUGAGGGAUUAGAAACUUCGAUUUUUAAAUCCUACUUUAAUAGUUGGCCUCAAACUGCCGAGACCAAGCUGUAUGAUGAAGGGCGAGAAAAAGUGGCAGCAAUAUUCAAGCACCAGGGUUAUGAAGUGAAGGAGCUUCCUGAAGAAGACGUCCAGUCUUAUAUAAAUUGCAGAGGCACCCUGAAGGUUUGGAGGGUAAAUGGUCAUGAACUGUCUCUACUUCCAGCUUCAGAACAGACAAAGCUCUACAGUGGGGAUUGCUAUAUUGUGCAGUAUACAUAUCCUGGAACUGAAAGGGAUGAGAGUUUAUUUUAUGCAUGGCUUGGUCAGGGCAGUGUACUGGAAGACAGAGCUGAUGCUGUCUUCCAUAUGGAUGCUAUUGUUGAUUCAGCCAGAGGGGAUCCAGUAAUGGCCCAGAUUGCUCAAAAUAAGGAGCCACUUCAGUUUUUCCUUAUUUUCCAGACAUUAAUUGUUUAUAAGGAGGCCCUCCAAUACUUGAUCUUGCCUUUUUUAUUUCAUGAUAUAAAGGGAGGUAUUAGUGCUGGAUACAAAAAAUUUGUUGCUGAAACUGGAGUUGAUGAUUAUACUUAUGAUGAGAAAAAGACUGCUCUUUUUCGCGUCCAAGGAACAGGUCCAGAAAACAUGCAAGCUAUCCAGGUUGAUCAUGUUUCAAGCUCCCUGAAUUCAUCCUACUGUUACAUCCUGCAAAGUGGAACAUCUGUCUUCACUUGGAUUGGGAAUCUCACCUCAAGCAAAGACCACGAUCUUCUUGAUAGAAUGAUUGAGCUGAUUAAUCCAGCAUGGCAACCCAUAUCAGUGAGGGAAGGAAGCGAACCAGAUAGUUUCUGGAGUUCACUUGGUGGAAAGACGGAGUAUCCAAGAGAAAAGGAGAUGAAAAAAUUUAUAGAAGAUCCACAUUUGUUCAAAUUUACCUGUACUGAAGGUGAUUUCAAGGUUAAAGAGAUAUAUAGCUUCACUCAAGAUGAUUUAACAACUGAAGAUGUAUUAGUGCUGGAUUGCCAUAAAGAAAUAUAUGUUUGGAUUGGACGCCACUCGACUAUUAAAUCAAAGCAAGAAGCCCUUAACUUGGGUCUGAAAUUCCUUCAAACAAACAUUCUGGAAGAAGAACUUUCUUUGGAGGCUCCUAUAUAUGUUGUUACAGAAGGGCAUGAACCACCAUUCUUCACAUGUUUUUUUGAAUGGGAUCCCUCGAAGGCAAAUAUGCAUGGCAAUUCAUUUGAGCGGAAGCUAGCUACCUUGAAGGGAAAAACAUCGAGUGGAACUGCACCAUCCAGAAAUGCACUAAAACCGCGCUCCAGGGAAGCUACCCCAGAUGGCUUAAGAAGCAGAUCUAGCAGUUCAAAUGGAUGGGAAAGAAGUUUUUCUCCAGCAUCAACAGUAUCAGGUUCACAUUUGAAGUUUUCUGACAACUAUAGUGUAUCCAGUCCAACUCCAGUUGCCAGGAAGCUCUUUACGGGAUCCUCUCCUUAUCAAGAUUCUCCCGUAAUAGAGCCAAGCUCCCCUUCAACGAAUGAGAACUCACACCAGAUCGAUGCAAACGAGACUAGUGCAAAUUCAUUAAUAUAUCCUUAUCAAAGAUUGACAGUGUCGUCAACUGAACCAGUCUCAGGCAUAGAUGUGACCAAAAGAGAGGCAUACUUGUCUGAGGAAGAGUUUGCAGAAAAAAUUGGCAUGCCAAAGGGGGCCUUCUAUAAACUACCUAAAUGGAGACAAAACAAGCUCAAGAUGGCAGUCGAUCUUUUUUAAUCCGUGAUAACCUGACGAUAACUUCUGCUUGUGUAAGUCUUGAUUGAUGACUAUCUUCCGGCACCCCAUUUUGUUAUUAGAUGGAAUGAAGGACCUUUCACUUACCAGUUAUGUUCCAAAAAUUGCAUCUAAUCUGUAGUCAUUUCCCUGAGCUUAUAAUCUAUUAUAGUCUCUGUUUAUGCAUCUUCUGAGAAAUCAAAGUAUUAUGAAACACGAGUUUUCUAUAGUUUUUGAAACGUAUAAGUUGAUCCUAUGUUUCUUGUAGUUUUAGUAAUUGAAUUGUACUAGGAAACCAGUUAUGGAGGUUUUUUUUUCCGACAACGAUAAUGAUCCUAUGUUUUUUUAUCUGAGGUUUGCUAGUUUGCAAAUAAAUUGAUGUAAUUGAGAUCA